UGGUGCGCCAUAGGUUAGUUUCAGUCGUGUCGGCUUGUGUUUUCGUUUGUGAUUGUUCAGUGAUAUUAGGUAAAAACACAUGUUAUUAAUUGAUAAUUGGACUUUCCAUUCAUAGAUCUCUCUUACCAUAUCAUGAUUUUACUUCCUUGACACAGUUUUAAUUCAUUAAAACCCGUUUUUUCUAGUCCCACCAAACACAUACCUGGCUGAUCAAAGUUGCAGUAACUUAGUGGUUUGUUUAUUUACGAAAGUUAAUUUUUGACUUAGUGAAGAUUUCCUUCCCACAGAUAAAGCCCUUACAGGUUUUAAUAAUCCUUAUGCCAUUUCAAUUCUAUUGGAGUUAAGUUAUUUAUGGGAAAGUUAAGAAGGCCUAUUAAAUUGGUCCGUGUCUCUAAACAAAGGUUGGUGAUUUUGAAAAUAAGUCUUUAGCCUACUAACAUAGGCAUUCAUUGGCUUCCUCGAAGGCCUAGCAUUAUGUAUACUGUGCCUAAAAGAAACUAUAAACCUAGGAAUACAAACUGGUUUUCCAACAUGUUCUGUUUGGAUAAAAGUGUGUUGUGUGUCAUAGUGUUUACAUAUUUUCAAGUGAUGGGAUUAUUUAUUAGUGGUGUUAAUAGUGACAGUAUAAAUUGUAGUAGUGUCAGGCAACUGUUUGAGAGCAGAAAAAUGAACAUCACAGAUGUGCUGAAACAACCUCUCUCAGCCAACUCUCCCCGGAGAUGCGGCAGCGGAGCCAGCUGUUGCUCCGAGCAGACGGAGCUGCUGAUGACGUCAGCGAUGAGACGUCAGCACGAACAGAACGUGCGGCAGCAACUCAGCACACUCAGCAGCGUGCUGAAGACGCGAGCUACCAAGUUUGACGAGUUCUUCAAAGAGCUGCUGACGACAGCCAAGGGAGGGUUCCAUGACAUGUUCAAGCGGACGUACGGCAUCAUAUACGAGCAGAACUCAUUUGUGUUCACUGACCUGUUCGAGGAGCUUGAACACUAUUACGCCAAGGGCAAGGUGGACCUGACGGACACAAUGGAGAGCUUCUUUAACACCCUAUACCAGAAAAUGUUCACCGUCAUCAACUCACACUAUCGCUUUGAUGACAAAUACCUGCUGUGUGUUAGUGAGCACAUGAAGGAGCUCAAACCGUUUGGUGACGUCCCUCACAAACUCUCAGUGGAGAUAAAACGGUCGUUCGUUGCAACGAGAACGUUCGCUCAGUCGCUCAGUAUAGCAGGGGAUAUUGUCAACAACAUGCUCAAUAUGCCACUGACGGAGGACUGUAGUAGAGCCCUGGUCAGGAUGUCGGGAUGUCCGUUGUGUCAAGGGCUGGAUGUCAAGACCUGCUACAGUUACUGCUCGAAUGUCAUGAAGGGAUGUCUGGCUCAUCACGCCGAACUCAACAAUGAGUGGAACAGUUUUGUGGAUGCCAUGGACAAGGUGACGGAGAGGCUGAUAGGUCCAUUCAACAUACAGAUGGUGGUCGGACCUAUUGACACCAAGAUAUCUGACGCAGUCAUGAACUUUCAGGAGAACUCGUACACCGUCUCUCAGAGGGUAUUCAACGGUUGCGGAGGACGACCACUGCUAGGUGAGAGGCAGCGUCGUAGUCUCUCGUUCCAUCCCAGGUUCCGAAGGGCAGGAGCCAGUGGGGAGGACGGGCGAGGGAGACACAGAGAGCGAGCGGGGUUGGACCUAGAGAGGCUAGUGAGGGACAUCAGAUCAAAGGUGAAGGACACCAAGCAGUUCUGGGCCAGACUGCCGUAUCAAGCGUGCAACAACGACCCCUACGUGGCCGGCGGCAAGGUCAACGACUCCUGCUGGAACGGACAGGCUACUGGCAGUUAUCCGCACGUCGUGAUGGGAGAUGGUCUGAGCAACCAACAGAACAAUCCUGAGGUAGCUGUGGAUGUGAGUAGGCCAAACUCAUUGCUCAACGAACAGAUAUUUGCACUCAAAACCAUCACGAGCAAACUCAAGAAUGCUUACAAUGGGAUGGAUGUUGAAUGGAUUGAUAUAGAGGAGUUCAGUUCUGGUAGUGGUUCAGGCGAAGGUCCCGUGGAUGAAGACUCGGAAGAUGACUCUGGCUCAGGGAUGGGCUUCCCUACAGAGCGAACAGUUAACCGUCCCGACAACGUACCAGACCCGGUCAGACCGGACCCUGGAAAUGACCAAGACAACCAGUUACAUCCCAUGGAGGACCGGAUACGGUAUAACGUGUCGUCUACCGGAACGUCUGCACAUCAGACGCAACGGAUGUCUCUCAGCAGAGCCCUGGUGUCGUAUUUAGUCCCGGUGGUUGUCAUGUGGUUUGGUGGCGCCGUGUCGGAAUGGCUGCAGUAAUUGAUGAAACAACUGAUAGACCUUUAUAAGUAUCUCGUAAUGAUACAUGGCUCCAGUAACUGCCAAGUCGAAACAACCGAUUCAAUAAGUAUCUCGUAACGAUACAUGUGAUUAGUGAGUCAAUAUUUGACCAACAAAGAGUUUGGAUCAUUAAUAACUCAAUCAGGUAUAAGUGCGGUUCCUUCAAAUGAGAAGUGGAUAGGGGAUUGUCCAGGAUAUUUGUGUCUUUCACACUAAUGUGAAUUUUAUUUGCAUUCAGUUUGAUUACGAAAUAACGCUUGUUUACCAUGCAUGGACUGCAUGAAUUAAUAAGCGAUGUUGCAAGAUUUGUUUCUAAAUCUCAUAAAAUGAUGCCUUUUACAGAAAAGCAAGCACAGCUUUUUUGCAGAAAAGCUUUCUCUGAAUUGAAAUAAAUUUCUGUGACAACGUAAAAUAAUGGGUUAUGAAAUAUAUUCUUCUAGUAAAGGUUAAUUGAAUUUCCCUUAGGUUACUGAAUUUUAUAAUUUGACAAAUCUCUGUGUACUUACCGUAGAAGUAAUAUUCAUUUCUGCCCACUUAUACAAAUAUAAAGAACUUUUUCUGUGAUAAACUUACCCAUGGAAAGUCUACUUCCAAGAAUCCUUCCUAAAAAGUAAGCUGGCAUUUAUUUACUUAAUUUAUUAGAUUUCUGUGUUCAUUGUCUUAGUUAAUUUUUAUCCUGCAUGUUUCCAAGAUCUUUUACAAAGGAAUCUUGAAACGCUCCCUCUGUGAUCAAAGACAACUCGGUUAUUUCAACCGACAAACAAUCAUUAAAAAACUUCUCUACUAAUAAUUAAGUAGCCUAUCACGUUAAGUGUAGAGUUAAGAAUUUUGUAUACUGAACCCGUAGCUAGGAACUUUAACAAAUUAUCAACUAAGAGGCUGUUACUUAAAACUAAACUAAUGACUAACUGUUGCAGUGAAGUUAGAAUAUUGUGACAGAAUGUACAUAAAGUGAAAUGCUCGACUGACUCUCCAAGAGUCAAAAACUGGAUGAGAUACGUAAAAAGUGGUGCGAAUUGUUGUUAUUGUGAUUUAAAUUGUUUUCCUUAAAAGGUUAAAUCGAGAUUUCAUGGUAGCUAUUUAGAAUAAUCAAAUUUACCAAUAGAUGUUAAGGAGGUUUGUUCAUUUGUGUACUCUCAUACUGCAGUAACUUGGCAAACUACUUUUGUUGAUCCUAAAAUUUGAAGAGAAAAAUCUGAACAAUAGUUAAUUAUUCAUGGUGGUACUGGUUUUAAGUUAUUCCAAACUAAAAAAAAAUUACAUGCUCAGUAUAAACAAAUAAAAAAUUAAAUAGAACAAAUAUAAAAGAUGUUUAAAAUAUCAGCAAAAAAUAUUUUUUAUUUUUUUAAAUAAGCUAGUUUUCUUAAAAACAGUAAACACUGGUAAAAUUUAUUAAAUUACUCGUCAAUAUCUCUUUCAAUUGAUUUUACAAUUUCUAAUAAAUUUUUGCAGUUUAUGAAAGUACAAAAAUGAAGUAUAGAUAGUGAUUGUUAAGGAAAGAUAAAAUGCCUUCGUAGUCAAAUCCAUCAACUACUAGGUCUUGUAAAUAUUGUAUAGAUACACUCGUAGCCUGUGGACAUUUUUAGGACUUUGCGUCAAUUUAACAAAUUUGUAAUUACAUACCAAUGUUUUCAACUGAAACUGUGUGUUAUGUCUUGAAACUCUUUGAUGUGUAUAUGUUAAUUUAAUCUAUUUAUUUAAUCUGAUACUGACUUGUAUGUGUCACACUUCCAAUUUAUACACAUUUUCCCAAUAUUGUAAAUUUUAGGUGUUUAUUUUAUGUUAUCUUUCUUGUAGGAUUAAUUUUUACUCAUUGUCUCAAAUGCUAAUCGCAAGUGCCUCAAAUGUGGCUAUGACUCAUUUAUAAAAGGCUGUUUAGAUUUUUGAUACUUUUGAAAACGUUUUCUAAAGUUACAUUCAAUUAGAAGCCAAAUGUUGGAAAAAUAUGUUUUAAAAUAGAGAAGUGAUUUUACAUACUAGUUUUUUCAAACUACAUUGCCAUGAAAUACCCUAAUUAUUUUUGUGAAAGAUCCUUUGUUGUGAAAUAUGAACAUGUUUAUUACCCUGAGUAAGUUAAGAAAUUGCUACAAUAUUGUAAAGCGGGUCCUUUUAGAGCAAUCGGGUGAACCAAGAAAGUUUUAAAGGCUUAACAGUACCAUAAUUUCGUAGUUUUAGUUGUUCAUAAAAAAAUCAUAAUUUAAAAGCAGACAAUACUUUUCACAAGAUUUGUUAGUUUUCAAAGAAAUAGCAUUUUAUGAAUGGUGUUUUGUAAUAGUCUAUAGCACUUCAGUAUAAAAUAUGUACUCAGGGUUAUUGUUGAUAAUUUAUUAAGUAUUGCUGUUUUCACUUUUUAUAAAAUCAAUACUCACUUUAAAAUAAUUGAUAUUUAUAACAAAUUUCAGUGGAGUCAAAAUGUUGAAGGUUUUUUUAUUAAUUGUAGAAUAGAUUUGUAUUUAUAAUUAUUUUAUUUAUUUUUCUCAUUUUGAGAGAUUCUUAGUCAUUCUAUAGUGUGUAUGAUUUGUAAUAUAUAUUUUAUUGUCGGCUUAUAUUUUGUAUUUUUAUAUAUGUAUUGCUUGUUGUAAAUUAUUUUAGUCUAGCUAACAAUUAACAUUUUUACAAGGCUGUAUAAUUUAAAAUGUUAAAAAAUAUAUGUGAAAAUACACCAAUUUUUUUAAAUAACGUAAA